AUGGCCAGUCCGCCCCUGGCUGCAGCUGGUUUAGACCUGUCUGCAGUUCUGACCACCAUCAAUCCCCUCAAACUGUUCCAUUUCCUGACCAACGUGAACAUUGGCCCCUCCCUCGGUUUCUGGCUGCUGGACACGCUGAAGGGUCGCACUCAGGUAGUCCGCUACAAUGACCACACCUCUCCCUGUGACCACCAACAUCGAGGUGCCACAGGGCUGCUGAAAUACGCAGAUGACACCACCAUCGUGGGGCUGAUCAAAGACGGCAGGGAGGACGACUACAGGUCAGAGGUGGAGAGGACAGGGUUUGGAGUCAUGUUGGCCCACAUUAAGAAAAAGAAGACCUGUGGCUGGUUGCCAACAGCUUCAGAGAUGUCCCACAGCAACAAGCAGAAACUUCAAAGUGAGAAGCUGCAGCAUCUGGACGAGUGUGACAUUCUGGACCCGGAGUUUCAGCAGCACUUGGGCGAUGCUCGCACCUUCCUCCGGCAGGAGAUCCAGCGCGAGCUGAAGAUCAAGGAGGCGGCGGAGAGGCUGAGGCGAGCCGUGACCGGCCGCAAGAGCACGGCCGACGUCCAGGGCCAGCUCAAGGCCUCCAGCCGCAAGCUGAAGAAGCUGCACUGGAAACUACAGGAGAUCAACGCCAGGUCCAUGACUACGGAGAAGGGAAGAGCAGCAGGCGACAUGGAGGAGGAGAACAAGGAGUGUGCAGAACGGUGCCAGUGGGAGGAGGUCCCGUCACCACUGGCCAGUCGAGUGCGAACCCUGAAGAAACAACUCACCAUGGAGACCAAAGUCAAACAGGGAGCUGAGAACAUGAUCCAGACUUACACCAACGCCUCAUGCAAGGACAGGAAGAUGCUUUCUGUUGCCCAGCAGAUGCUGCAGGAUAGCCGCACCAAGAUCGAGCUGCUCCGCUUGCAGAUCAUCAAAAUCAGUCAGAUGAGAGACGGGGAGCGAGAAGGAGCAUCUGCUCAUCCUGAAGAGAUCGUCAGUACGCUGGAUCUGCGGCUGGCUGAACUCAUGCAUCACAUGAAGAUCGAGUCAGCUGUUGUCGAAGGGGCCAAAAAUGUGGUGAAGCAGUUUCAUGGCCGGAAGAACCAGGACCGUUGUAUUUUUGCAGAGGCGCAGGCUCGAAUGCAGGAGUCGGCUCAGAAGGUGGACUUGAUGCGUCUCUCCCUGGAGAGGCAUUUAACCCAGCUGCCCCGGGACCACCCCACCCACGCCACCGUCACAGAGCUGCUGGUGCAAGGCCCGUCGCCCUCCUACGACACCAAGACGCAGUUCAGCGCUCCGUCCUCCUCCACCUCGUCCUCCUUCUUCAAACCAGCCAGUCUAACCGGCCGGCUAGAGGUGUGUUUGAUGGGUUGCCAAGACCUGUUGGAUUCUGUGCCGGGGCGUGGUCAGGUGACCGGUGCCUCGCCCGCCUCGCCCGCCUCCAGGUACCCGUCAGAAGAAAAGUCCCUGAAGCUGAGAGCUGUAGGACGGAGCAAUGGCAAGACGGCAAAGGUGGAGGAGCUGUCCUCGGAGGUCAGUGCGGUUCUGAAGGUGGACAACAGGAUCGUGGGGCGCACGCACUGGAGACAGCAGAGCAAGCAGGCCUGGGGGCAGACCUUCAGCACCGAACUGGAACGGUCCAGGGAGCUGGAGAUCUCUGUGUACUGGAGGGACGGGAGGGCCCUGGGCGGGGUCAAGUUCCUGCGGCUGGAGGACUUCCUGGACAACCAGCGGCACGGCAUGUGUCUCCAGCUGGAGCCCCAAGGCAUCCUCUUCAUCGAGGUGACGUUUAUCAACCCCGUCAUCGAGCGCCGCUCCAAGCUGCAGAGGCAGAGGAGGAUUUUCAAAAAAGGGAAGAACUUCCUGCGUGCUGCACAGAUGAACAUGAACUUUGCCACCUGGGGUCGUCUGAUGAUGAGCAGCCUGCCCCCCUGCAGCUCCCUGGAGGCCCUGAGCCCCCCGGCAGCCGCUCACAGCUCUGGGGCAGCAUGUGAGCCUGUUGUCCUGAACUUCUCUGAAGAACCACCUGGCAGAUCUCCAUACGCUGCAAGAAAGGACUUCUCACCGUCUACAUCUGAGAGCAGCACUCCCAAGCCCCAAAGACAUCCCUCAGUCCAGCCGUCUCCACGGACGGACCAACGGUUUCAGCUGGAGGACUUCCAGUUCAUUUCAGUCCUUGGAAGAGGUCACUUUGGGAAGGUGCUGCUGGCAGAGUACAACAAGUCAGGGAAACUGUACGCCAUCAAAGCCCUGAAGAAGGGCAACGUUGUGACACGAGAUGAAGUUGACAGCCUCAUGUGCGAGAAAAGGAUAUUUGAAGUGAUCAACGCCUCGCAACAUCCUUUCCUGGUGAACCUGCACGGCUGCUUCCAGACCCAGGACCACGUCUGCUUCGUGAUGGCCUACUCGCCCGGAGGAGACCUCAUGAAGCACAUCCACACCGGCAUCUUCACUGAAAAGCAAACUCAAUUUUAUUCGGCGUGCGUGCUGCUGGGUCUGGAGUUUCUCCACCAGAACAGAAUAGUUUACCGCGAUCUGAAGCUGGAUAAUCUGCUGAUGGACACCGAUGGAUUUGUCAGAAUAGCAGAUUUUGGCUUGUGCAAAGAAGGGAUGGGUCCUGGGGACCGCACCUCCACGUUUUGUGGGACCCCUGAGUUCCUGGCUCCAGAGGUGCUAACGGACAACAACUACACGCGCUGCGUGGACUGGUGGGGACUGGGCGUCCUCGUCUACGAGAUGCGGGUGGGGGAGGCCCCCUUCCCGGGUGACGAUGAGGAGGAAAUGUUCGACAGCAUCGUCAACGACGACGUGCGCUACCCUCGCUUCCUCUCUCCCGAGUCCGCGUGCCUCAUCAGGAAGCUGCUGCAGAAAAACCCUGACCUGCGGCUGGGAGCUGGAGAGGAUGACGCCGCGGAGAUCAAACGACACGCGUUCUUCCAGGGAGUGGACUGGGACGCCUUCCUGGCCAAGAGGGUGAAGCCGCCCUUCCUCCCGGUGAUCCGGGACCGGCAGGACGUGAGCAACUUCGACAGGGAGUUCACGUGCCUGGAGCCGGAGCUGACCCCCCCACACACGCCCUGCAGCCUCACCGCCGAGCAGCAGGGAAUCUUCUCCCACUUCGACUUCUCUCGCCCCAGCUGACCAGAGGACCGGACUCUUUUCCUGUCGUCUCUGUGGCAGAACCGAUCUAAAAGAAACAUUUCACAAACCUGAAAACACAUGGGGAAAAGGACUAAAUCCAAACGGACUACCAGUUUUUUUUUACCCUUUUUUUACCGUCCUUGUCACUGGAUUAAUAAACCAGUUAAACGAGUAAAUCCUGAGUCUCGUCAAGUCCUUCCUUUUUUCAAGUGUGGGAAGCCGUGUGGAUUUAAAAACACUUGACACUGGCCCUUGAGUCUUCGGAAAGGUCUGGACCCACUUUCAUUGUGCAGCUUGUACUUGAAACACUGUCAAAACUCCUGCCAACCAGAUUGAAGCUCUUACUUGUCUUAAAGGAGCAUGACGGUGCUGAAUGUUUACUGUGCAAUAAUGUUUGUUUUGUUUUAAACUGAAAUAGCACUUUCCUCUCCACCCAAAGUACUGUUUUGUUAAUGGCUCUUAAAGACUCUUCAACUGAAGGCCAAAUGCUUUGAAUGUAUGUGAUUGUUUUAUUUACAUCUUGUCAGGAUUUGA